GGGGGCCGCGGCCCCGGCUUCGCUGAGCCUUCAGGAGGCCGCAGGUGCCCGGCAUGGGGCUGCUGACCGAGCUGGCCCGCGGGCUGGUGCGGGGCGCCGACCGCAUGUCCCCGUUCACCAGCAAGCGCGGCCCCCGGAGCUACAACAAGGGCCGAGGGGCCAAGAAGCUGGGCGUGCUCACUUCCAACAAGAAGUUCAUCCUCAUCAAGGAGAUGGUGCCUCAGUUCAUCGUCCCCGACCUGGAGGGCUUCAAGCUCAAGCCCUACGUCUCGUACCGCGCCCCCGAGGGCUCCGAGCCGCCUAUGACGGCCAAGCAGCUCUUCACCGAGGUGGUGGCUCCCCACAUCGAGAAGGACGUGAAGGAAGGCACUUUUGACCCCAACAACCUGGAGAAGUACGGCUUUGAGCCGACGCAGGAGGGCAAGCUCUUCCAGCUCUUCCCCAAGAACUACGUGCGGUAGGGAGCAAGCAGCGGGGCUCCCGGGGCCGCUGCGCCACCUCCGGUGCGCUGGGAAGAGCAUCGCCGUUGUGUGAGAUGGCGACCUGCACCAGCAACUACGGGACAGUUUCUGUCACUGGCUAUUAAAAGCAAAUCCUUCCACUUUGUCUUUCUGCAAUGUCUGAUUUAAAUUGCUGAGGGGAAACUGGCAGUUAAUUUCCCAUCUGUGACUAAGGAGAGUGUUACUUAUGUCAUGUGCCGUGCGUAUAGUUGUGUUGUGUAAGCGUGCGGGUGUCCUGCUCUCAGGCAAGAGCAGAUCGACCAGGCGCUGACAAUUAGCAGGAGGCAGUUUCUCUCCGGGUUGCUGAAACAUCAUUCCUUCCUUCUGGGAAGGAAUUCCUGUCUUCUGGGAACAAAGGAGGGCAUGUCUUAUCUCCUUGGGAGAGUCCGGAGUUUCCCGACUGCGGAGAGCAGGCCGCUGCAAGCCGAACCCCAGUCAGAGCGCUGCCGCCACUCGCGCCGAGCGGCAGUUGCAGCCAAAGAGGGAACGCUUGGAUGGAUUUACCCCCAGCCCCAGUGAAGUGUCCCACUAACCCGGGAGUGAGGCCUCCAACAGCCAAAACCAAGUCCGUACCCUAAACUCCCUCUCUCUGAGGAAAGCACUGGAGCUUAUGUGGAAUGCCACAAUUUUUCCAGACUUUCCCAAGCCUUAAAACUACUCUUUCUUUUAGAGUAAAUGAAGAUACAGUUAAUAGGUACAUUUAAUGUCUGUUCCUUAGUGCAGCUCCUUAAAGUUACAAGAUAACUGUUUAAAUUUGAACCAUGUUUCAAGACAUACAUUCCUAGAGGAGCAGUGUGUCCUGGUUUUGGCUAGGACAGAGUUAAUUUUCUUCCUAGUAGCUGGUAUAGUGCUGUGUUUUGGAUUGAGUAGGAAAAUAAUGUUGAUAACACACUGAUGUUUUUAGUUGUUGCUAAGUAGUGUUUAUACUAAGUCAAGGAUUUUUCAGCUUCUCAUGCCCAGCCAGCAAGAAGGCUGGGGGUGCACAAGAAGCUGGGAGGGCACACAGCCAGGACAGCUGACCCAAACUGGCCGAAGAGCUAUUCCAUACCAUAUGACAUCAUGCCCAGUAUAUAAACUGGGGGAGCUGGCUGGGAGGGGGCAUCGCGGCUCGGGAACUAACUGGGCAUCAGUCAACGAGUGGUGAGCAAUUGCAUUGUGCACCACUUGCUUUGUAUAGUUUAAUUAUUUUAGUAUUGCUAUUGUCAUAUUAUUAUUAUCAUUAUCAUUGUUUUUCAUUACUUUCCAUCCUAUUAAACUGUCUUUAUCUCAA